CGCCGUCCGUGCCUCGCGCGGCGCGCCCCGCUGGGUGGUUUUGGGGGCGCGCGCAGCUCCGCGCGCUGGCGAGUCCCGGGCCGGGGGAGGCUGCGAGCGAGCAGCGAUUGGCUGACGCGGCGGCUGCGCCUCCGAACGGAGAAACCCUGGGCGAACUCACAGAGUGGGCUCGGGGCGGUGCGGGACGCAUCUGAGAUUUAUUUUACCUAUUUGAAAGUAAGAAUUACAGAGAGAGAAGGGGAGACAGAAGAUCCUCUGUCUGCUGGUUAACUCCCCAAACGUCCGCAACAGCUGGAAUUGGGCCAGGCUGAAGCUAAGAACCAGGAGCUUCUUCUGGGCCUCCCAUGUGGGUGCAAGAACCCAAGCACCUGGGUCAUCUUCUGCUGCUUUCCCAGGUGCAAUAGCAGGGAGCUGGAUUGGAAGUGGAGCAGCCUGGACUCCAACUAGUGCCCAUAUGGGAUGCUGGUGCUGCAGAUAGCAACUUAACCCACUAUACCACAGUGCCAGUCCUGCUAAUCCAAAAGUAAAUGAGGAACUUAGAAAAAGACUGCCAACUCCAGAUCAACAUAUUUAGAGAAAAUUGGAAAAGGAGAAGCUUACUACAGCUUUAUUUGAGGACUUUUUAAGGAACGCAGUGUUCUAGCUGUGAGCUUCAAAUCUUGGAGUGAAAACCAGAGACACUGCCAGAGCAAACAAGAACAGAAGUCCAAAUGGAGGACUGUUCAAAAGAUAUAGCCCACAUUUAUCCUGAGCAAGAAACUGCAGGGAGAAAUAAAAGUGCACAGUCAGAUGAGCAACUGACUAUGAAUUCCAAGGGAAGCAUGCAUCAGAAAUCCAGUGAAUUCAUAAAUGAAGUCCCAUACGAGGACACGAAACUGCUAGGGCAGAGUUCAAGGAAUUUUCAGAUCAUCAGUCCUUAUCCAGAUGAUGCAACAGCUUACUGCACUACUGAAAAAUGCAACAUUACAGAACACAAAAAUAAUGAUUUGCAUUAUGGAUAUAUGAUUCCUUGUCAAGUUACUUCAGAUGUAAAUAAAGAAAAGACAGUAGCAUUUCUUCUCAAAGAAUUGGAUAUUCUCAGAACAAGCAAUAAAAAGCUUCAAGAAAAGCUGACUAAAGAAGAUAAAGAACAGAGAAAACUAAAGCUUAAGCUCGAACUCCGAGAGAAAGCAACAGAAGCUAAAAUUGCUGAAAAGACAGCAGCUCUCGUUGAAGAAGUGUAUUUUGCACAGAGGGAACGUGAUGAAGCUAUUAUGUCAAGACUACUGUUAGCCAAUAAGGAGAGAGAUGAAGCAAUUGCGCGAGCCCAGCACAUGGAAAUGUCUCUAAAAGCGCUAGAAAAUAUUAACCCUGAAGAAAAUGACAUGACAUUACAGGAAUUACUGAACAGAAUAAACAAUGCAGACACAGGGAUAGCUAUUCAGAAGAAUGGAGCUGUAAUUGUGGAUAGAAUCUACAAGACCAAGGAAUGUAAAAAGAGAAUAACUGCAGAAGAAAUGAAUGCACUGAUAGAAGAACGGGAUGCUGCCUUGUCUCAGUGCAAACGGCUAGAGCAGGAGCUUCAUCAUCUGAAAGAGCAGAACCAGACUUCAGCAAACAACAUGAGACAUCUGACUGCUGAAAACAAUCAAGAACGUGCUCUGAAGACAAAGUUGUUAUCUAUGCAACAAGCCAGAGAAACUGCAGUGCAGCAGUACCAAAAACUAGAAGAAGAAAUCCAGACACUUCGAGUUUACUACAGUUUACACAAAUCUUUAUCUCAAGAAGAAAAUCUGAAGGAUCAGUUUAACCACACCCUUAGUACCUAUGAAGAAGCUUUGAAAAACAGAGAGAGCAUCGUUUCCAUCACUCAACAACAAAAUGAGGAACUGGCUACCCAACUACAACAAGCUCUGACAGAGAGAGCACACAUGGAACUGCAGCUUCAGCAUGCGCUGGAGGCCUCCCGAGUGGCCAGUGAGAAAGUUCAGACGUUGGAAAGGCUGGUGGACGUCCUGCGGAAGAAGGUUGGAACAGGGACCAUGAGGACAGUGAUCUGACUGAGAAAACGACAGUCUGGGGAAGUGAUCACAUCUGGUGACCAGGCUGCUUCAUUCAACACUGUGUAAACACUAAAGCCUUAACUUAGCAAACAGUUGUUAGAAGUGGGACACUCCAACCACAUUCCAAGCUGAGAUAAAAUCAAAUCACAAAUGUUUAACCACUUUGCUGCUGACUUGAGUUAUUUAUCCAAAUAUAUUAACCACAGACAUUUACCGAUGGGUAGCUAUAAGGUUGCAGCUUAUUUUGUAAUGAUUUUAUAUCUCAAUGCCUUUAAUAUAAAUCUUUUUACUAAGAGACUAUUGUAGAACCAUGGUAAAGUUGGUCAGGAUCAUAUCUUCACAUAUGGCCCUUUCUGAAUCAAAGUGCAGCAAAGUAAAUAUUGUCUAAGCCUUAAUCCACUGUGUUAGGUCAAAACUUCAAAUACAUGCAUUUUUCAAUAGAGAGUAUAUUUCUUAACUCAUGAGAGAGUCUUAGACAUAGGGGUAUGUCGUCUUCCUUCAAUGCACAUAUGUAAUCUUUGUUGAUAUUAAAGAAUAUCAAGUAUAGAUGCCAUGAAUUAAAUGUAUAAUUUGCUUUCUUAAGAGUUUGAUACAUUAAAAUUACACUCAUCAAGGCAUGGUUUUGUUUCAUGAUAAACAAUACAGACCAUUCUCAAUAAAAAUUAAUAAUGUGUACUUAUAAGUUCAUAUUGCCAGUAUUGUCAGUAUUUUUAAUGUUGAGUCAGAAUAAUUACCUAACCUCUACUUAAGCUGCAAAAUCACCAGGUCUCCGUCUAAUAGGUUGGAACACUUUGAGCUUGAAUAUUAGCAUGUGCCAGCCUGUCUCUCUCCUAAAAGGCAAGAAACCAUCAAACCUAAGUAUUCUUAUUGUUUAUCUUUUUGUGGAGGAGGGAAAUCCAAUAUAUAAUAUACAAUGUAGACAUAUAAGAGUUUAGAAAAAAGUAAACCUGGAUUCAGUUCAGGUUAUCCACCUUUUAUUUUAUUGAAGGUACAACUUAAAAAGUUACAGCUUAGCAAUUGCUUCUAAUUAUAUGAA